CUAAUCUUCUCAGUGGAGAAGUCCUUGACUAAAAGGCGACUCUGGAAGCCUGCUGAGGAGGAGGUGUCAGACCGAGCAGCUCUGCAAAUUUGUUCUGCUACAAAGAAAGUAGUUUGCCGGACAUACGACGUACAAGAUCCAAAGAGUUCAGCCAAACCGGCAGAUUGGAAGUAUCAGAGUGCUCUGUCUGCUUCCUGGUUAGCUUUGGACUGCACAGUAAAUGUUAAUAUUCACAUUCCGCUUCUUGCUACUUCACCCAACCGUGACUUGGAGAGGAAUACUAAGAAUGGAUUGAAUCGAUGGUCAAAACAAAUAGAAGAGAGUGUUUUUCUGAUCAAUGGACAAAUUAAAGGUGACGAUACAGAACUGCUGGAAGGGCAAAAAAAGUUAAGAGGAAAUACUCAAUCCAGCACUCAGUUUUCUGAUGUCAAAGUUCUGACACAGCUGACCCAGGGUUCAAGUCGUAGAUCAACAGCUACAGUCCAGGUCUGCAGUGGCUCCAUAAAUCUCAGAGGUGCUGUGAGAUGCAGAGCCUACGUGCACAACAACAAGCCAAAAGUUAAAGAAGCUGUUCAGGUAGUGAAAAGGCUGUUA